ACUUGAGCGAACGCCACGUCUUACCAGCAAGCAUCAACGUGGACGUUCAGCGACAGCGCGUUUAUUAAACACUUCACGCCGAGGACAGAUCGUCAUAAAGCGGCCCGGCAGGCAGAGGCAACCGACACAACCCGGGGAUAAUAUGGGCUGUGUACGUCUCCUGGCGCUGACGCUGGCCACGUCUGCGGUACUCCUGUUGGCCGCCGCCCACAGCCAUUCCCAUGGCGACCACGACCACGGCCACCACGGCCACACCCACGGGGAAGACGACCCCCAGGAAGACGUGAGGAUGUUCCACGGGGCGAGCAAGUGGAGCGCCGAGGCCAACGUCCUGGAGGACGAUCAUCACGGGCACGCCCACGGGCACGCUCACGGGCACGCUCACGGGCACGCCCAUCAUCAGGAGGACGGCGUGCGCGUGCACAAGGAGGGGUGCGGACACGCCCAUGGAGGGGAGAGGGUGAAGAGGGAGGCCGACGGAGCCAAGAGGGACACGCUGGAGCUCUGGACACAGGCCAUCGGAGCGACUCUGCUCAUCAGCGCCGCGCCGUUCCUCAUCCUGUUCCUGAUCCCGGUCCAGUCCAACAGCGACCAGCACCAGAACCUGCUGAAGGUGCUGCUCAGCUUCGCCUCGGGCGGACUGCUGGGCGACGCCUUCCUCCACCUCAUCCCACACGCUUUGGAGCCCCACUCUCACCAUGGAGAGGAAGACCACGCCCACACCCCCGCCAGUGAGGAGUCACAUGGCCACUCCCACGGCGCUGCCCACGGUCACAUGAUGUCGGUGGGUCUCUGGGUUCUCGGCGGGAUCAUCGCCUUCCUGUGUGUGGAGAAGUUUGUGCGAGCGCUGAAGGGCGGGCACGGCCACGGCCACUCGCAAGAUUCUCCCAAAGAGAAGGACAGUGAUGGAGAAGAAGAAAAGGAGAAGAAGAAGAAGGAGGUGAAGAAGGAGGCGAAGGCGAGCAAAGGAGCGGCUGUGCUGAAGAAAGAGGAGACAAAGAGCACAGACAUCAAGGUGUCGGCUUACCUGAACCUGGCGGCCGACUUCACGCACAACUUCACCGACGGCCUCGCCAUCGGCGCCUCCUUCCUGGUCGGCCCGACCGUCGGCGCCGUCACCACCGUCACCAUCCUGCUGCACGAGGUGCCGCACGAGAUCGGGGACUUCGCCAUCCUCAUCCAGUCCGGCUGCACUAAGAAGAAGGCCAUGUGUCUACAGCUGCUGACGGCCCUCGGCGCCCUGGCCGGCACGGCGUGCUCCCUGCUGGCCGAGGGCGUGGGCGCCGCCGCCACCGCCUGGAUCCUGCCGUUCACGGCCGGCGGCUUCAUCUACAUCGCCACGGUGACCGUGCUCCCGGAGCUACUGCGGGGCCGCUCCAGCUUCGGCCAAUCGCUGAUGGAGAUCCUGGCGCUGCUGUUCGGCGUCGGGAUGAUGGUGCUGAUUGCAGAGUACGAGUGAGGACGGAGAAAAGCGGCGGAGGGGGCGGGAAAAAAAACGGUCAAAAAAACGGUUGAGAAUAAAUGAUGUUUUUUAUAAAUUAUUUUUUUCCAGAGGUUUGAUUUCUUCCUUUUUUUACAAUUUUUUUCAAUUUUUAUUGAAUGAAUUCCAGUUAUGGGAACAAACGCCACCUACUGACGGCGAAUGGAAGAUUUCUUUCUCAUCGCUGACUGUUACAAUCGAUGUUUCUAUUUCGGCUUCUUUUUUAAAAAACGAAAAUUGAGAAACUGAGCUGGAAAUGAACGAACUCUACAGAUUUUUUUUUUUUCUUCGUCCAUUGGGACGCGGACGUCUUUUGGUCGCCACUUUCCCCCACUCGGAUUAUUCAGCAACACAAGAUAAUGAUUAUUUUCUUUCUUUUUUUUAUUUUGGAGGUGGUUGGUGUUGAGCAGAGAAAGUAAUGUUGUCACUACAGAUCACUUGUACGUGAUAAUGAAUGAUAAUAUUUUUACAUUCCAAGAAAUAAAGGUCUGUUGUGGCUGCCACACA